GGGCGGGGCGGACGCGGAACGCUCGUCUAGCUGCAAACAGGCCGAGGGGCUGAGAGGAGCGGGGUAGGUUCGGCGCCGGCAGGAAGGCACGCAGAGCUGACGGGAGUCCGACGCCUGGUGCUCGGGACUUUCUCCGAGCUAUGAAACCUACGUAGCUGAACACAUGCUUCUCCUGUAGGAUAUGUGAUGAGGAGGAGAGUUUGGCUUUGGAGUGCUGGGAACCUGAGGAAUUGCGGAGAACUCAGAGCCCAGCCCUGACUACUGGAGAGCCCACAACACAAUGAACAAACUGAACUUCCAUAACAACAGAGUCAUGCAAGACCGCCGGAGUGUGUGUAUUUUCCUUCCCAAUGAUGAAUCUCUGAACAUCAUCAUAAAUGUUAAAAUUCUUUGUCACCAGUUGCUGGUCCAGGUUUGUGACCUGCUCAGGCUAAAGGACUGUCACCUCUUUGGACUCAGUGUUAUACAAAAUAAUGAACAUGUAUAUAUGGAUUUGUCUCAAAAGCUUUAUAAAUAUUGCCCAAAAGAAUGGAAGAAAGAGGCCAGCAAGGUACGACAAUACGAAGUCACUUGGGGUAUUGAUCAGUUUGGGCCUCCUAUGAUCAUCCAUUUCCGUGUGCAGUACUACGUGGAAAAUGGCAGAUUGAUCAGUGACAGAGCAGCAAGAUUCUAUUAUUACUGGCACCUGAGAAAACAAGUUCUUCAUUCUCAGUGUGUGCUCCGAGAGGAGGCCUACUUCCUGCUGGCAGCCUUUGCCCUGCAGGCGGAUCUUGGGAACUUCAAAAGGAAUAAGCACUAUGGAAAAUACUUUGAGCCGGAGGCUUAUUUCCCAUCUUGGGUUGUUUCCAAGAGGGGGAAGGACUACAUCCUGAAGCACAUUCCAAACAUGCACAAAGAUCAGUUUGCACUGACAGCUUCCGAGGCCCAUCUUAAGUAUAUCAAAGAGGCCGUCCGACUGGAUGACGUCGCUGUUCAUUACUACAGAUUGUAUAAGGAUAAAAGGGAAAUUGAAGCUUCACUGACCCUUGGAUUGACCAUGAGAGGAAUACAGAUUUUUCAGAAUAUAGAUGAAGAGAAACAAUUACUUUAUGAUUUCCCCUGGACAAAUGUUGGAAAGUUGGUGUUUGUGGGUAAGAAAUUUGAGAUUUUGCCAGAUGGCUUGCCCUCGGCCAGGAAGCUCAUAUACUACACGGGGUGCCCCAUGCGCUCCAGACACCUCCUUCAACUUCUGAGCAACAGCCACCGCCUCUACAUGAACCUGCAGCCUGUCCUGCGCCACAUCCGAAAGCUGGAGGAAAACGAAGAGAAGAAGCAGUACCGGGAAUCUUACAUCAGCGACAACCUGGACCUCGACAUGGACCAGCUAGAAAAGCGAUCACGGGCCAGUGGCAGCAGCGCAGGCAGCAUGAAGCACAAGCGCCUGUCCCGUCAUUCCACUGCCAGCCACAGCAGUUCCCACACCUCAGGCAUUGAGGCCGACACCAAGCCCCGGGACACAGGGCCGGAGGACAGCUAUUCCGGCAGCGCUGUCCACCGCAAGCUGAAAACCUGCAGCUCAAUGACCAGCCACGGCAGCUCCCACACGUCAGGGGUAGAGAGCGGAGGCAAAGACCGACUGGAAGAGGACUCCCAGGAUGAUGAAAUAGAGAUGUUGGUUGAUGACCCCCGGGACCUGGAGCAGAUGAAUGAAGAGUCUCUGGAAGUCAGCCCAGACAUGUGCAUCUAUAUCACAGAGGACAUGCUCAUGUCGCAGAAGCUGAAUGGACACUCCGGGUUGAUUGUGAAAGAAAUCGGUUCUUCCACCUCCAGCUCUUCAGAAACAGUUGUCAAACUUCGUGGGCAGAGUACUGAUUCUCUUCCACAGACUAUAUGUCGAAAACCAAAGACCUCCACGGAUCGACAUAGUUUGAGCCUUGAUGACAUCAGACUAUACCAGAAAGACUUCCUGCGCAUUGCAGGUCUGUGUCAGGACACUGCUCAGAGUUAUACCUUUGGAUGUGGCCACGAACUGGACGAGGAAGGCCUCUAUUGCAACAGCUGCUUGGCUCAGCAGUGCGUCAACAUGCAAGAUGCCUUUCCAGUCAAAAGAACCAGCAAAUACUUUUCUCUGGAUCUUACUCAUGAUGAGGUUCCAGAGUUUGUCGUAUAAAGUCCAUCUGCGUGCAGCUGUACUGGCAGCCUGCUGUUUGCUUGAGGAUGUGAAAGUCAUGGGUUCUUUAUUAUUCGUGCCAUAUUUUCUUCACCACAAACAUAGCUCUUUCUUUAUAAUAUUUGUGAUGGAAACAAAAGCCUUGAGACAAUUGCACUUUAAGUAUCACACAGAAGUAAAAGAACUACAGAAAAUGUACAGGAAGACAAGUGCCCAGAAGUUCAUUGACCUUUUGGAAGGAUGUGCGCUUUACUGAUUACCAAGCCUUCAGAGUAUCCGACUGUGGUGUGUUUGCUCAUUUGUCGUUUUUUAGGUCAGUUACACGUAAUAUCACACUUUUUAUCACAUGAAAGAUGUUUUUAGGUUUGCUUGUAAAUUUUUUUUUACCACUCCCUCAUAGAAUGUUCAUGGUUAGAGGGAGGGAAGGAGGAAGGUUUUCUCUUCUUUUAGCAGAGAGACCAUUGCCUAGUACAUAGCCAUUGCCCUCUCAGUGAGGCUGUCCCAGAGUGAACACUGAUGAAGUGGGCAAUCAUGUGGUUCUAGCAAGCCAAAGAUGUGCACGUAAUGGAAGCACCUGCUCAGAGGUCCAAGAAGACAUGAAUUAAGCAAUAACCUGAAGACUCUGCAUGCUGUUUUGCCUUGUGACUCCUACACACCUGAUCAGUGCUAUGUCCUCCUCUUUGAUCUUCCAGAAAGCUCCACAGUUCUGUUGAGUUUCUCAUCCAAGUGACAGAUCAAUUGUGUUCAUGUCAUAAUGCAUUUUGUGGAGUUUGCAAAACCGGUUUCUGUUAAAACUAUGGAGAUAUCUUAGAAAAUGUUUGUGCUUGGUGGUGUUUUGUUUGUUCAGGUUUUUUUAAAUACUCAAGAACAAAUUAUGAUAAUGUUAGUUUCUGCUUAACCAAAAUACCCUAACUAUGUGUAUAUGUUAUACAUAUAUGAAUACAUGGGAUUGUGUGUGUUUAUAUGUGUUUAAAGCUUACUAAGUCUUCAUUUUGGCUUCCAUAACUAUCUUGUGUACAUGGAAUUCUUUGUUUAGUAUUGAGGGUAUGCUGCCGAAUGAAUGAUCCCUGCAGACAAUCAGUUGCUGAAUGUAGAGUUAAGAAUGACUGUUUCCUCAUGUGCCUUUGGCCAUGAUUCUCAACCCUGAUUGUAGAACAGAGAUUCGGGGGAGCUUUUAAAAAAAUAAUGUCUGGGUCCUCCCACCAGACCCAUUAAAUCAGUCUCUUGUGGUGGGACCCAAGUAGAGUUGCCUUUUAAAGUUCUCCAGAUGGAGUUAAUGUGCAACAGGGUUGAAAACCACUGAUCCAGAGGGUGUCUUUUUGUUAAUUUUGAAGUAAAAGUAUACAGAAGAUGUGGCAUAUGAGAAAGGGCCACUUACAGGACAGUUACCCGCCAUGCUGCUGUUUAGACGUUUAAUGAAACCAAGUCAGAGACUGAAUUUAUCAACCUUUUGAUGUAUAGUAAAAGCGUUGCUCACGCUUCAGGAGAGAACUUCAUAGCACAAUGUCUUUCUAUGAGAUGUUUCUAAUGAUUUAGUAUUUUACAACAUUUGUUUACCAUAUUUUGAUAUACCAUUUUUUCUAUCUGCCAGGUUUUAUUAAAAAACUAUAUAUUAUUUUCUAAAGAAACAGUCAUAUUUUUGUACAAAACUAUUAUGUUUUCAGGUAACAAAGAAAUAGAGUUAGGGUAAAGCAGAACAUAAGCAGUGUUACCUGGGGAUGGGAGUCAGUAUUAUAAAACAAAUGGUGAACAUACCCCACCUGUGCUGUCCCUCCUAUGCUGCUGGGUCGCAGACAUGUAUGCAACAUGCCUUGUCAAAUUAGUUUCACCUGACACUUUAAAAGGAAAAAAAUUCUAUGGUCAUGUAAUUAUUUUGCUUUUAUCAAAUGCUUUAAUAGAACCAAAGUUGCGGAUAUCAGAAUGUAUAAAAGUAUCUCAGUCUCUGUGUAAAAGGAUAAAAAUAUGGAAGGAUCAUUUAAUGGCUGUUUUACUUGUAAGUCAUUAAAUAAUCCACCAUUUCUUAUAGAUGAUGCUUGAGACAGACAAGUCUUAGGGAAGUUUGUACGCUAAAGAGCCCAGAUCAUAAUGCAGUGCAUUUCCUUAGCUCUUAGAAUUUCUUGCAAACAUAAAGAAAAGGCAUAUUUAAGAAAGAAACAUAAAGAAAAAAACAUUUAAUAACUAUAAACAGGUAGUGCUUUAUACUUUCUCUCUACUUUAGCGAGAAUCAGGUCUUUAGGGUUUUGCCAGCAUUGUUGGUGGUUUCGCACACCCUCUUUCUAAUUGGAUUUGUGAAUAGUCUUGUGGGUUUUCAGAAAUGAAACAUGCUAAGGAACACUUUUGCUUUUCAAUCCACUGUUUCCAGCAGAAUUAUAUAUAUAUGUAAAUGAAAAUCCACUUUGAAUAAUCUACAUUUUUGUAUUUUGAAAUUGUUUUUAAAAAUAAAAAGAAAAGUAUAAAGCUGUUAUUUAUUCUGCGUUUCUUACGUAUCCAUUGCUAUUCAGUAUACCAGUUUGGUAUGUAUUGCCUCUACACAUCUACAUUUGUAUUUGCAACAAUGAGCUUUAUAUCUACAUAAACUGUAAAUAAUCCUUUCUGUGAAAGGAUCAUCAUAUCAGGAUGAUACCAAAAGUAUGUUUAAAAAAAAAAACCAAAACAUUAUUUUGUAAUUAUUUCUUAUAGAUGUUUCAUGGUAAGAUUAGCAGUCAAUAAAGUUACUUUUUUUUGCCUU